AAUUGUAACGGUUAGAAAUCCGUCCGUCGGGUGAUUUCAACAACCUGCGCCGUUCGGGGCCGCCGCCGGGGGCGCUGUCGCGCACUUGAAUAACCAUAAGCGGAGUGAGAGGUGCAUGAAAUGGAGAAAAAUGGCGGAUCAUGUGCAGGGCCUCGCCCAGCUGGAGAUCCUGUGCAAGCAACUGUAUGAGACGGCCGACACGGCCGUGCGCCACCAGGCCGAGAAAGCUUUAGUGGACUUCACCAACGCUCCCGACUGCCUCAGCAAGUGUCAGCUGCUGCUGGAGAGAGGAAGCUCGUCGUACUCGCAGCUGCUGGCCGCCACCUGCUUGUCCAAACUGGUGUCUCGGACCAGCAACCCGCUGCCUCUGGAGCAGCGCAUCGACAUCCGGAAUUAUGUGCUGAAUUAUCUGGCCACGCGGCCCAAGUUGGCCGCCUUCGUGACGCAGGCGCUGAUCCAGCUGUACGCGCGCAUCACCAAGCUGGGCUGGUUCGACUCGCAGAAGGACGACUACGUCUUCCGCAACGUCAUCGCCGACGUCACGCGUUUUCUGCAGGACAGCGUGGAGCACUGCAUCAUCGGUGUCACCAUCCUGUCGCAGCUCACCAACGAGAUCAACCAGGCGGAUACGGCCCACCCGCUGACCAAACACAGGAAGAUCGCCUCGUCCUUCAGAGACGCGUCCCUUUUUGACAUCUUCACGCUCUCCUGCAACCUCCUCAAGCAGGCCUCCGGGAAGAACCUGAACCUGAAUGACGAGUCCCAGCACGGCUUGCUGAUGCAGCUGCUGAAGCUGAGCUACAACUGCCUCAACUACGACUUCAUCGGCACGUCCACCGACGAGUCGUCUGACGACCUGUGUACCGUGCAGAUCCCCACCUCCUGGCGAUCAGCAUUCCUGGAUUCUUCCACGCUGCAGCUUUUCUUCAACCUUUAUCAUUCCAUCCCGCCUUCUCUGUCCCCGCUGGUGCUGUCCUGCCUGGUCCAGAUCGCUUCGGUCAGGAGGUCCCUCUUCAACAACGCCGAGAGAGCAAAGUUCCUGUCGCACCUGGUGGAUGGAGUCAAGAGGAUCCUGGCCAACCCUCAGUGUCUACCGGACCCCAACAACUACCACGAGUUCUGCCGGCUGCUGGCGCGGCUGAAGAGCAACUACCAGCUGGGCGAGCUGGUCAAGGUGGAGAACUACCCCGAAGUCAUCCGCCUCAUCGCCAACUUCACCGUCACCAGCCUGCAGCACUGGGAGUUUGCGCCCAACAGCGUGCACUACCUGCUGAGCCUGUGGCAGCGUCUGGCGGCGUCAGUGCCCUACGUCAAGGCCACCGAGCCGCACCUGCUGGAGACCUACACCCCCGAGGUCACCAAGGCCUACAUCACCUCGCGACUGGAGUCGGUUCACGUCAUCCUCAGGGACGGGCUAGAAGACCCUCUGGAUGACGCGGGCCUGGUUCAGCAGCAGCUGGACCAGCUGUCCACCAUCGGGAGGUGCGAGUACGAGAAGACCUGUGCUCUCCUGGUGCAGCUUUUCGACCAGGCGGCACAGAGUUACCAGGAGUUGCUGCAGUCCACAAACUCCAGUGCCGCCGACAUCACCGUGCAGGAGGGUCGCCUGACGUGGCUGGUGUACAUCAUCGGGGCGGUGAUCGGCGGCCGCGUGUCCUUCGCCAGCACGGACGAGCAGGACGCCAUGGACGGGGAGCUGGUCUGCCGGGUCCUGCAGCUGAUGAACCUGACCGACUCGCGUCUGGCUCAAGCCGGCAACGAGAGGCUGGAGCUGGCCAUGCUCAGCUUCUUCGAGCAGUUCAGGAAGAUCUACAUCGGGGACCAGGUUCAGAAGUCCUCCAAGCUUUACCGCCGUCUCUCGGAGGUGCUGGGCCUGAACGACGAGACGAUGGUGCUCAGCGUCUUCAUCGGGAAAAUCAUCACAAACUUGAAAUACUGGGGCCAGUGUGAACCCAUCACCUCCAAGACUCUGCAACUCCUCAACGACCUGUCCUUGGGGUACAGCAGCGUGCGCAAGUUGGUCAAGCUGAGUGCAGUGCAGUUCAUGCUCAACAAUCACACCAGCGAACACUUCUCCUUCCUGGGCGUCAAUAACCAAUCCAACCUGAGCGACAUGAGGUGUCGAACCACUUUCUACACGGCGCUGGGGCGCCUCCUCAUGGUGGACCUAGGAGAGGACGAGGAGCAGUUCGAACAGUUCAUGCUACCGCUGACUGUGGCCUUCGAAGCAGUGGCCCAGAUGUUGAGCACCAACACCUUCAAUGAGCAGGAGGCCAAGAGGACUCUGGUGGGUCUGGUCCGAGACUUGAGAGGGAUUGCGUUCGCCUUUAACGCCAAGACCAGCUUCAUGAUGCUCUUCGACUGGAUAUACCCGGCCUAUGUGCCCAUCCUGCAGCGGGCAGUGGAGUUGUGGUACCACGACCCGGCCUGUACCACGCCCGUGCUUAAGCUCAUGGCCGAGCUGGUUCACAACAGGUCGCAGAGGCUACAAUUUGACGUGUCGUCGCCCAACGGCAUCCUGCUUUUCCGAGAGACCAGCAAGAUGAUCACAACCUACGGCAACCGCAUACUAACGCUGGGCGACGUUCCCAAGGAGCAAGCGUACGGCGUGAAGCUGAAGGGCGUAAGCGUGUGCUUCGCCAUGCUGAAGGCGGUGCUGAGCGGCAACUACGUCAACUUCGGCGUCUUCCGCCUGUACGGCGACGACGCCCUGGACAAUGCACUGCAGACCUUCGUCAAGCUGCUGCUGUCCAUCCCUCACAGCGACCUGCUGGACUACCCCAAGCUCAGCCAGUCUUUCUACUCGCUGCUAGAGGUCCUUACCCAAGACCAUAUGAACUUUAUCGCCAGCCUGGAGCCGCACAUGGUCAUGUACAUCCUUUCGUCCAUAUCCGAAGGACUCACCGCCUUGGACACGAUGGUGUGCACGGGCUGCUGCUCCAGCCUAGACCACAUGGUGACGUACCUUUUCAAGCAGCUGUCGCGCUCUACCAAGAAGCGGGCAACGCCCCUGGCCGCCGACGAGCGCUUCCUGCACAUCAUGCAGCAGCACCCGGAGAUGAUCCAGCAGAUGCUGUCCACCGUGCUCAAUAUCAUCAUCUUUGAGGACUGCCGCAACCAGUGGUCCAUGUCCCGACCCCUUCUGGGACUCAUACUCCUCAACGAGAAGUACUUUGCCGACCUGCGCAACAGCAUCGUGAAUAGCCAGCCUCCGGAGAAGCAGCAGGCCAUGCAUCUGUGCUUCGAGAACCUGAUGGAAGGAAUCGAACGCAACCUCCUCACCAAGAACAGAGACAGGUUCACGCAGAACUUGUCGGUGUUUCGGCGAGAGGUCAACGACAGCAUGAAGAACUCCACGUGCGGCGUCAACAGUAACGACAUGAUGAGCUGACGUUCCACGUCCGCCCGUCCCGCCCCCUCCGUGUUGAUACGAGCUUCUAUAAAUAUAUACAGAUCUAUUUUAACGCCGUCGGCAGGAGGGCGGGAAGGUUCGAGGCCCCCGCCCGCCGGACGAACUGCCGGAGCGUACGUUUCCUUUGCUAACAUUUUCCACCGUGUUUAUAUUACGCGGACGGAAUUGGUCAGCUUUUUACGCCGGCGGAAGCGGGAAAAGACAAAAGGAAGGAAGCGUUCACCUGUAAAUAGUCGUCAAAGGCGCGUCCACUUUGCACUCAAUCUGGAAAGAUACAAAAAGUAAAUGAGAUUCCACAAAGGCUGGCCGGACCGGACCAGGCGCUUCCGCAACGACGGACGGACACGCGCGUGGCUACCCGAGAGUGCUUCUUCCAACUUUUUGUUUACUUUCUGGAUUCCAGGGACCAGGUUGUGGUCCUGUUUGGUGUGCGUGUGUAUGUUGGUGAGUGUUUGGCGCCACCUAGAGGCGCUGAGGAGAUGCGUUUGUGACUGACGUGAAUGUGGAGUAGCAGCUGUGUUGUCUCAGCAUUGUGACUGCAAAUAAACCUCAUUCUUUGUAUAA